GUUCUCGAGCGUUUGUAGCGUUAGAAAAACUGCAGCUGAGGAAUGAAUAGCGAUUAAGUAGGUACGUGGGAAAUGAAUGUUGGCUGUCCUAGCAGGGAGUCAUCUAAUGCAGUAUGGAAUGACACACCCGCCAGUGGCAAGCAAGUCAAAUAGGAAGACUGCCUGUACCGAACCAAGUUUAUUUUUGCCGGAUGCUCUUCCGCUCUCUAACAGACUCACAAAUGCUGUGAAUCCUUCGUGUAGGGUUGUAAAGAUGAUGCCUUCCUCUACUAUAAUUUGCCCCUGACUUCAAACCAGGGGUAACCCCCAGCCUUCGCAGUAACAUGGGACGCAAAUGUAAUUGUGGUGUAGAAACUGGCGGACGCGUGUGGAGUGAUUUUCAUGGACCGUAAUCAGUCUCAGCUGAAGUGAGGUUUUCCCCGAUCGCUCCAAAACCUCAGGCGUGUGCCGGUGACCGCAAAGAGAGGGUUGAGAAGUUGAACGGAAAUGUCCCCCACGGUUGUGACUACCACAACCCAGGCAGGCGCCACCACAAUAGAGAACAAGUUGAAGAGCUAGAGUGAGUUUUUGUCUCCGGGGUCGUUGUCUCCCAGCUGGGAGCUCUUAGCAGCACCGUAACAACCACUCUAUCGGAGAAGAUGGGAAUGCAUGUUCUCACUUUUAGCUCCUCAACUCACUAGUGAGACAGGGCUCCCUCGGAUCGGAGCCCCACACCAUGACUUGCUGAAGCCGUCUUUGCUGCUACCCAACCCCCUUCUCCUCAUUCAAGAUGGUCCCUCCAAAACGGAUGAGGAGGCGUCUCCUGCUGGCAGCCCUCGCACUCACUUCCUGUCUACUGUCCGCCAUGGCCACGCCCUUCCCCAAGGACCUGGAGCCAAUCAACGUUGUCGGAUGGGAGCACUCCUACCUAUGCCCAGGGUUCCAGGGGCUGGUGUCGGACAAUGACACAGCCAGACUAGGCCUGGACUUCCAGAGGAUGCUGAGGAUCAAUCACAUACUCUACAUUGCUGCCAGGGACCAUGUCUUUGCAGUAAACCUGACCACAGCUGGUGACGACUUCGUCCCACAGCUGAAGCUCACAUGGAGGUCCAAGGAUGUGGCCAAGUGUACCGUGAGGGGUAGAAACAGUGAUGAGUGCUACAACUAUGUCAAAGUGCUGGUACCGCGGAACGAUGAGACCCUGUUUGCUUGCGGCACCAAUGCCUUCAACCCCACCUGCCGCAACUACAAGAUGACCACCCUGGAGCAGGUUGGCGAAGAGGUGUUGGGUCAGGCGCGCUGUCCCUUCGAGUCGGGCCAAUCCAACCUUGGCCUCUUUGCUGGUGGUGAUUUCUACUCUGCCACCAUGACCGACUUCCUGGCCAGCGACGCUGUCAUCUACCGUAGUCUUGGCGAUGACAGCCCCGUCCUGCGGACCGUCAAGUACGACUCCAAGUGGCUCCGAGAGCCCCAUUUCCACCAUGCGAUCGAGUAUGGGAAUUAUGUCUACUUCUUCCUCAGUGAGAUUGCAGUGGAGUACACCACCCUGGGCAAGGUGGUGUUCUCUCGUGUGGCGCGGGUGUGUAAGAACGACAACGGCGGCUCUCCUCGGGUGCUGGAGCGCUACUGGACCUCCUUCCUGAAGGCGCGGCUCAACUGCUCGGUGCCCGGCGACUCCUUCUUCUACUUCGACGUGCUGCAGUCACUCACCAACGUGCUGCAGAUCAACCAGCGCCCCGCAGUGGUGGGAGUGUUCACUACGCAAGCUAACAGUAUCCCUGGCUCAGCAGUGUGUGCCUUCUACAUGGACGACAUAGAGAAGGCCUUCAAUGGGAAGUUUAAGGAGCAGAAGACCAGUGACUCAGCCUGGACCCCGGUACCGGAGGAACAGGUGCCUAAGCCCAGGCCCGGUUCCUGUGCCGGUGAUGGCCCGGCCUCGGCCUACAAGUCAUCCAUCAACUUCCCCGACGACACGCUGACCUUCAUCAAGUCUUACCCGCUGAUGGACGAGGCGGUGCCCUCCGUCAACGACCGGCCCUGCUUCACCCGCACCACCAGCAGGUACAAGCUGACUCAGAUUGCGGUGGACACCUCUGCCGGGCCGUCUAAGGACCGCACAGUAGUCUUUCUGGGCUCUGAGGAUGGCAGGGUCCUGAAGGUGUUGUCCAGCACUCAUCCUAACGCCUCCUUUGGCUCCCAACUCUUGGAGGACAUUGAUGUCUAUAACCCCUCUAAGUGCAACGUUCAGGGGCAGGAGGACAGGAGGAUUCUGGGAAUGGAGCUGGAUAAGGAGCAUCAUGCCUUGUUCGUGGCCUUCACCAGCUGUGUCAUCAGAGUACCACUCAGCCGCUGCACCGAGCACGGCGCCUGCAAAAAGAGUUGUCUGUCGUCCCGCGACCCAUACUGCAUCUGGCUCCGGACUGGGAGCUGUGCCAACAUGGCGCCAGGGUUCAAGGCUGGCUUUGACCAGGACAUCGAGGGAGACCACUCACUGUACCCUGAAAACUGCCACGAUGUGCUGGCGACCACACGAAACCAGAACUCCGCGGCAGACUCGGCCUACGGUGUCCGAAGGCUACCUGACAUGGAGAAGUCCAGCCCCAGCGUCCACUAUACCCUCCUGAUCGCCUGCGUUCUGGUGGCCUUCUUCCUCGGCGCCAUCCUCUCCGGCUUCUUGGUGUCAUGCUACUGCAGUCACAACGCCCGCCGUGCCCACCGGCUUGGCAAGGACCCUGAGGCGUCCAUCCACCCCGCCCUCUCGUUGCGCAGCCUGGCCAAGCUAAACGGCCUGCUGGACGGCCAGCCCAAAGAGGAGAAGCUGGACGUGUCCACGCCCAAGAUGUACAGCUCCUUCAUUCCCAGUGGGAAGGAGCACACUCCAGAGAGGCACGGGAUGUCCCUGGGAGACCCGGACCUUAACCUCUCCCAAGGGGAGAACCUCUCGGGCCUGCCCACCCCAGACUCCACCCCGGAGCUGCCCAUCAAGAACAUGAAGGCCUUCCGGAACCAGUGGGAGAGGAACCAGAACUGCAACAACGCCAAGGAGUCCAAGGCACCCCCCGGCACUGGCUUCAGCCUGGGUUCGUCAAGGUCCGUCACCCAGCAGGUGUUCCCCUUCUCUCACAGCCUGACCAACGGCCAAGCCCUGGGGCACCUGCCUGAGGAGAAGAAGAUCCCCAACGAUGAGCGCGCGCAGGGGGCUUCGGCCUCCCACUCCUGCUGCCCGCAGACGGUGGUGGACGUGGCGGCCCUGGACGAGCUCCUCAAGCACAUCUACGAGGUCAGCGCCUCGGGCAGCCGCAGCAUCACUGUGCUGACCUCACCGUGUGCCCCCCUACCGGGUAGCUCCAGUUCCAGCCAUAACCACAGCAGCUUCAGAUCCCAGCCCCAGAUCCCCGAGACGGAGUCAGCCACGUACUACAGCUCCUCCACCCUGCCCAGGGACAGUCUGACCCGCCGCCUGGACGUGCCCCCGGACGCCGCCGCCUCCUCCUCGGCCGGCGCCACCCCACUGCAGCAGCAGUCCAUCCCCGAGCGAAGCGCAGUGACUCGCCACCACUCCCAGAGGCACUUAAUGAUCAAGAUGGGCAACGGAGGGGCCGUCCCGCGCCAACACAGCUUCAGACAGGACGGGGGUGGGCCACCGCCCCACCAACUGCUCACCCGGAUGAACUCGUCAGGUGGUGGCGGGGGAGGGGUCGGCUGUGAGGUCCACCAGCCGCUCAUCCCCAGUGCCUGCCUGACACGGCAGCACAGCUACAGUGAACCACCCCACCUUCACCGCGCAGCCAUCGUACGCCGCACGGCCUCCCUCAAGCCCCAAGUGCCCCCCAAGCCCCUCUUCCUGCCUGCCACUUCGCCCGUAAAUGAGCAAGGCAAGUACAACUACUGAGCGCUAAGGAGUCGGACCUAGAGGCUUCGAAACGACAGGCGAUGUAACCGCGCUCCUCUGAGUUAGGGAAAGUGGAGCUCAAAGGGGGCAACUACUGGGACUGACAAACCUUUUGGCGAGAUGCCCGAGAAUAGCCUCCACACCUGAUGAAUGUCUUUGUACCAUAUUGGUAUUAUUGCAAUGCUCCUUGAUCACAGAAGGGUGAUGGAUUCACAGGAUAUAGAAAAUGUGGUGGUAUUAUUUUGAGGGGGGGGGGGCGGUUCUAUACCCUUCAGUGAGGCCAAAGAAUACAUUAACAGGAGCCCCAGAACUCAAUGUAAAGGACAGAUCGCAAGUCGACCACUGACGCUAUGGACAAUGCCUGUUCUAGCUUGGACCCAAGCCCUCAACCUAAGAGAGCACCUCACGACACAAACGAACACCCUGCCUGUAAUAUGUGUAUACUGUAUGUGUGUGUGUACAGGCAUAUGCACUGCACGUGAAGAUACACACAUGACGUCGCCAUGAAGCAGCUCCACGAACUGUGGUGAGACUCAACUCCUAGCCGUUUCUUAACCCUCUACGACAUGGAGGCCCCACUCAGUACACACGUUCGGUAUUACAUCCCUCGACGCGUGGGAUUUAGCAAUAACUUACCGUUGUGCAGCUAAGUGCCCUUGAGGUAAGGGUAGGUACUUUACUUCACGCAGCAUACCUUGUGAAAUGACUCCUUUGAUAAAGCUUCAAGUGAUCCAUUCUGUGUUAAUGGAAUGAUGCUGCAGAACGAGACAUGAGCGUCAGUAUCGACCCAACAUGCAUCACAGAUUUGCCAUUAUGUUUGUCACUGGGGGGGGGGGGGGGGGGGGGUUCAUUGUCGUGAUACCUAAUACAAUGACGGGGGGGGGGGGGGGGGGGGGCUCUGCUGCAGAGUUAGGAGAAUCCUUGACCUGGUAGUGCUAUGAUAACUCCAGAGGAAUUGAACUUGCCCCCAAUAUGACUGUCGUUGAAGAAGGAGUAUGCGCAGUGCAUUGCAACCUCAAAAACGAGUUUUGUUUCAUCCUUAACACUUGGUGAGAAUUGGUUCCACGGUGAGGCGUAAUCAUUCAGGCUAUUCAAGUGUCUUAAAGCAGGGUCCCGAGAAAUCACUCACGGGCACAUAGCGCCCCCUUAUGGACAAGCCCUUAAUAACUGUAAUAGUCAGUACUUAUGUUUACCAUAUUGCUAUUAACAUUGUGGAUAUUGGUGUAAAUAAAGGCAACUGUGGAAGAAUAAUAGCCAAACUUUGAUUUGUAUGUGUUAAUGUGUGCCUUCUUUAAUAGCGUGGUGUAUUAAAAAAAAAAGAGGUAAAAAGUA